ACUUGUCAGCCACCACUGUGAAGAUGUGUAUGACCAAGCUUUCGUCACACUGUUAAGGGUUUGAGAAGAGAACAACAUAUUUUAAAGGCAUCCACCUAUCCUGUACAAAGAUAACGAGUAUCCUUUUGGCACAUGUGGCUUCCGUAUUACUUCGAUGCUGGUUGACCUAAUCGAUAUUCCCACAUGUGGCCACACGCUGAGCCACUCGGCCACCACCACACACAUGAUUAAUUUUCUCUCGGUGCAGAAAUCUCCUGCUCUGCAUGAACAUGCCCGCAGAACCCAGUGCCUUUCAAAUAGGUGAAGCCGUUGUUGGGCAUCGUUCCGUGAGGGUUACCUGUUUGGCGCUAGCUGCAUCGUAACCAGUGGUUUGGUCAUUUGACAGAAAGAGAGGUCUCCAAUUUACAGGUUGUCGUGCUAUAGGCUACUACUGGAACCAUUGAGACAUUUUCGCAGCGUUAGUCAUCGCACUAGCCGCAGUGUAGCCUUGUCUCUGAAUAGCCAGCCCUGUAGUUCAGUACGCACUCUUCUAAGUAUUGGGUUUGGUUGAUCCCAUCAUUUUAAACCGAACCGCAACCGAACCAUAUGCUGCUGCUAUAAUGGUCGUCCAUGGUUCUGACUUCGGGCGGUUUCUCUGACCUGUUGUCAGUGGUCUGAGGGGUGUUGGGCCAGUGUGUUGGGCGCGCGGCUCCGGUCAUUAGUGUUUGCGCAGGAAGUGGCAGCCGACGCCAGUGGCCGAGCAGGUGAUGUUUGCUCACAUAAGCCGUUCGCGUUUGAGGGGUGCAAGGGACGCGGCUGGAGGGAUUGCGCUGUUGCAUCGCCUAACUGGAUAACCAGAUAACCGCUGUCUUCUGUAGUCUCCGUUUUACCGAAAAGGCAUCCGAUAUUUCUACACUUCUGAACGUGGAUCAAGAAGCCCGACCUUGUGUGUGUCUGUCUGUGUAUUUAUGCUUUUUUUUCUGUGUGCGGAAUCGAACAAUCAUUUUCUGUUAUAGAAAGGCAAUGCGCCCACCCAUGCGAUGACAUUUGUUGGAGAGAGAGGAUAGACUGUAGAGGCUUCAUGCAGAACCUCUGGUUUCGAGUAGAGGGUAAUUUACGAGUCUUGGUUUGCGUUUCAGGAGAAAAAAAUUGUGUUGAAGGAGAAUGCAGCAACCACAUUUUUAACCAUGCAGAACCGGGCCGUUUCCGCUUCUUAGGCUGGUGUGUCCCCAUCUGAAAGUUUAUGGGGAAAGCGGCAGACACAGAUGGCAUGGACACUUAUACAAGGUCUGCCGCUCUGCCCUGCUAUCGGAGCCUAUUCGCAGUCUCCCACUUCAACCCCGCUCCGUCAUCCGCGCCCCUUAGCCGCCCCAGCACUGCAGCAACCGAGCCACGGCCGACGGCAUGAGGCUUGAUCCGGUGCAUUUCUCCAUGCUGGUCAUCGGGGUCUCCUUUGCCUGUUACGCCCCGAGUCUCAAUUCCCUCCAGGACCAGGCGUAUCGAUCUGCCGUGGUCAUCGAGGGCGAGGUGCGCUCCUCACCGGAAAACGUCUCUCGGGAGCCUUACAGUGUAAAUGUCAAAGUGCUGGACGUGUGGCCCGUGAACAGCGGCGGGCUCGAGCGGGAGCAGCUCGUGACUGUCGGAGACUUCAGCUCCGAGGCCCCGUGCACCACUGUGGAGGAGAACCACAGAUAUAUAUUUUUCAUGGACCCAACAGGCGAGCCUUUAGUAUUCAAGGCAUCGUUUGCUCCGCUGGACGCCAGCGGAACGGACCUGAAGAAGGAUGUGGAGAGCGUGUUGUGUGAGGACUGCGCUGUGGCCCCUAAGUUGCGGCCGAUGCGGGGCCAGUCUCUAAUGGAGGGGGAGAGGCUGUAUCUGAAGUGUGAGGCGUCAGGGAACCCCAGCCCCUCCUUCCGAUGGUAUAAAGAUGGCCGAGAGCUCCAGAGGGGAAAAGAUGUCAAAAUCAAGACCAAUAAGAAAAACUCCAAGGUCCAGAUCAACCGAGCGAGGCUGGAGGAUUCUGGGAACUACACGUGUGUGGUUGAGAACAUGCUGGGCCAGGAGAGCACUACGAGCAGCAUCAGUGUGCAGAGCCGUGAGUCCACAGACACACCAUCCUCUAUCUACAUGACCACUACUCUGUCUCCAGGCUCGAGUCACGCCCGGCGCUGUAACGACACAGAGAAGUCGUACUGUGUGAACGGUGGAGACUGUUAUUUCAUACAUGGUAUAAACCAACUGUCAUGCAAGUGUCCAAAUGACUAUACAGGUGAUCGCUGUCAAAAAUCCAUCAUGGCAGGUUUCUACAAAAUGAGGUCUAGUAAAUAUGGCAAGGCAGAGGAGCUGUACCAGCGGCGGGUGUUGACCAUCACAGGCAUCUGUGUGGCACUGUUGGUAGUGGGCAUGGUCUGUGUGGUGGCAUACUGCAAAACCAAGAAACAGAGGAAGAAGAUACAUGGUCACCUGAACCAGAACGUCAACCAGAACCAGUGUGUGGAGCAGCCCAACCGCAUGCUGGCUAACGGUCCCAACCACCCCGGGCCAGGGCCUGAAGAGAUCCCCAUGGUGGACGUGAGUCACUACGGCCCCGCACACACUCAGUACAUCUCAAAGAACGCUCCUACCACAGAGUGUAGUAUAAUACAGCAUGGACCAGAAGAAGCUGUAAACUACGCAGGAAGCCGAAUGUCCACCAGAUCCCACCACUCAUCUACAGUCUCCCACAACUCCAGACAUGAGGAGCGGACGUGGAGUAUAGAGAGGACAGACAGUAUGAACUCAGACUGCCAGUCAGGGGCACUCUCCUCGUCAGUGGGCACCAGUAAAUGCAGCAGCCCGACCUGCAUGGAGGCACGGGCACGGAGGGCCGCCUACUGGGGCUGUUCUGAGGGAGCCAGCCUGCAGUAUGGAGACUCCUACGACUCUCUGAGAGACUCACCUCACAGUGACAGGUACGUGUCAGCGUUGACCACACCAGCUCGUCUGUCGCCCAUUGAGUUCCACUACCCCCCACUGCCCCCCCAAGUGCCCACCUUCCAAAUCACAUCCCCUAACACAGGCCACGCCCUCACCCUGCUGCCCGCCGUCACAGCCUACCAGCGGGAUGACGACCAGCCCCUGCUGAGAUGCCCACAGGAUGGACGGUUGUACCGGCAGCCCCGUCGCCCGCGCCAACCCUACCUGACAGAGAGCACGGGCAGCCUUCCAUCCAGCCCCUAUCAUCUCCCUGACGACGAGGCAUACGAGACCACGCAGGAGUACGCCUCCUCCCGUGAACCAAUCAGGAGCCGCCGGCGCCCGCGUCGGAACCGCCUCAAUGGACAUGUCUCCCAGCGUACAAUGGGCCUACGGGACAACAGCUCUCAGAGCUUCAGCCAAUCAGAGGAGGAGGAGGAGGAGGAGGAAGAGGAGGGGCAAGGAGAGAGCACUCCUUUCCUCAGUAUGCAGAACAUGAACAUGGAGCCGUGCGAACGUGGGUACCGAUCAUCUACCGCCCCUGCCCCGACCGCCAACAUACGGACUCACCGGGCGCAGGGGCGGCCAAGCACCCGCAGCAACGGACACAGUAAAAGCUCCCAGUCGCGCUCCUCCAAAAAUGACAACGCACCCCUUUAAGACCCGCCCGCCUUGACCACUGACCUCUAACCCCUGACCCCGACCCCCCUGACCCACCUAAAAACAACAGUGGAGUAGAGACCUGCACCUAGGAGAAAUAUUUUUAUUUUGUAUAACAGACAGAUAUUCUAAAUAAAUGAAAUAUUUAUUUUCAUUUCAGCAAAAAUUGUCUACUAGCUAACAGCAAAGACUUUUUUUAUAGGGAAAAUAUUUAUAUGUAAAGUUUUUGAUUUACAGCGUUAUGAGAGAAAAAAUGAUUACGUGCCAAUUUUUUCACGAGUUAGAUAAUAGAAUAAUAUUGUGGUGCCUUUUGCUGUGUGCUGAAGCCAGAGGUCCAGUUGAGUUUUUGUAGCCUUUCUAAUACAGACUCCUCAUUUUAUAGACCUCUUUACUUUGACUUCCUCUGAUUUAGGAUCUCCCUGUUUGAACUGUGAUAUGAUUCUGUCAUCAUGCAAUAUGAAUCACCCCUGUGUAACGGUGUAUGUUUACAUGAGUAUGAUCCACACGCAGUUGUUUUUUUACGGGGGACAUUUAUCACAGACGCAACUGGAUGUGGUGUCCUGUCCUGGUACAGGAAGUGAGGCGCUAGUUGUUGAUGAGUCGCUCCAACAAACUCACAUCAGUCAUUCAUGUCAUCAUCUGUCCGCCUGUCAUCGUAUGUGUAUUGUUUCAGAGGAAUGCAGGUGAUCCAAGGUACCUGCACAGGUGUUCAGGGUUUCUAAAUGGGAAUGAGUGUAGGGGACGGUUGUAGUGUGUGUGUGUGUGUGUGCAUGUGCGUGUGCAUGCAUGUGUGUACGCACUCCAUGAUGAGUUGUAGUCUGGUCACAGCAAGGGAGACAUGAGUGUCCAUUCAGCUAUAAGGGUGUAGUCACUGUUAAACUGACAUACUCAACCGGCCAAUUGUCAUGCUGCCAGAAGCUCCAUUGCACUGUAAAACCUCCAUCCAUGAGCAUUCAUUGGCCAGGGAGCUGCCAAUCCUACCAAUCCAGUCAAUCCAGCCUGAUUCUGGCCUACAUGGACUGCCCUCCCCCAUUCCUAUGCCAGCAGCUUAACUAAAGCCGCACUGUGUCUCAGGACUUUCACAUCCCAUCAAGAAAAAGACUCCAUUUCCCAAGAGCCACCAUGGUCCAUAGGCCAGAUCCAUUAUGUCCCUCUUCCUUGUCUGUUUUCAUCUGUGAUAUAGUAUGGAGCUAUGGAAACUCUUGAAACUUGAAAAAAAAGUGGGUUUUAAAAAUGCCAAAAUACGCUGAUAUGGAGUUCAUGUUGAGGCUCUUGGAUGAUUGUUCUAUGACAGUGUAAUGACACAGGUUUGUUCUGUGAUGAUGAUGAUGAUGAUGACGGCAUUGGCUCGUAGUGAUGAUGGCACUGGUUUGCUGUGUGCUGUGACAAGUGACACAGGUUCAUUUUAAAGUCACUCCUAUGUUGACUGACUCACUGCAGUGUGUUUGAGUCUGUUCAGUUUGUCUUUUUUAAAUCAUAGCCAACACACGGUAUGGUAUUAUCGAUUAUUGCAUUCUUUUUUGCAUUCCUAUACCUUUAUUAUUAACACAAGUAUAACUUGCUUGGUCAUAUUGACUGAAUGAUCUGAUAUGUGUCUGUCUCUAUCCGACCCCGCCCUCUUGACAAUGACAUCAUAGAGUAUGACAUAACCUAUUAUCAUGGGAUAUGUUAGAUUUACACAUUACAACAGCUUGUCCACUCCGCUAUGGGUUACAGGCAUUCCUCAGAAAGGGUCCACCUCAGAAAUACUAUGAGAUUAAAUGGACAGAGAGCAUCCCGCUCCUCUACCUAAAAGAAAAAGGGAGUCCCCAUGAGUUGGUUUUAAAUGAAACAUUUUAUUUGCCCCUUUACCAGUAGAGUCUCACAGGAGAUGCAUGUAUCACAAAAAAACGUUAUAAUAAGUACCAUAUAAAAAAUGACAACCAACUCCUUUGAUGAAAUCAGAGGAUUAUUGUGGAAUAUCAUUUAGAGAUAUACAUGUUAUUUUCAUGGCCCAAAGUUCUGGCUAGUUUGUCUUAGUAUCACUGUUUUCAAUCUGAGAUUUGCAAUGUGGUAUACUGCCAGUGACGGUAGUGUGCUUCUAGUGGUAGUUCAAAUGUAAAAUCCCCCUUACCUCCUUCCCUUGCAACCAAUCCUUCCUACCUUCCACAUUUACUCUCUCUUUCUCACACACACACACACACACACACACACACACACACACACACACACACACACACACACACACACACACACACACACACACACACACACACACACACACACACACACCCUUCAACACGACACAUACACACACACAUUUGUGUUUUUACAGCAGUUGUCCUCAUCUCCUUUACGCCCCCUCUCCCUUUCUUCUUCCCCCGCCCCCCUGCAUGUCCUAGUGGUCCAGGUAGUUGGGUGCAUGGGAAAAGAAGCAAGCAAAUCGUUUUCCACUCAGUGAAAAGUGUCUUCAUUUUAACAUUCAGCAAUAAAUCCCCUUUUCUCAUGUCUCCAUUCUUGGAAUAUGCUAGAAGUUUUUUGCAAGUUUUAUCAAAACAUACUUGUAAAAAAGAAAAAGAAAAAUCCAAACCACCUCUUCAUAUGAAAAUAAAACUUUAUUCCUACCAUUUUGAAAA